AUUGUUUCUGAGGGAUUAUUUUAACCCAAAAUUCAAAUUAUCCCUCCGCCAGUUGUUUCCCUCGAAUGAGAAAUUGGAAUUCAACAAAUAGCAAUCAAAAGGGGGAAGGAGGGAACGGAGACACUCGACUGAAAAUACAAGGAAGAGAGGGAAUAUAUCAGCAAUGGAGAUGAAAAGCCCACCUCCAUGUCCAAACACCGUCACCGUCCGUCGAAAUCCUCCGCGGAGGGCUAGGCCUACGCCUUCCACAAACCCUCACCAAAACCUCAUACCUCCAUCAUCGUCAUCAAAAUCAAAUAAACCAGAUAUUCUUCCAUUUCCGAUGCAAGAUAUUCUGUCAAUGGAAAUUCCUCAGAAUCCUCAACCCCACCCACCUCCCUCUUCACCAACCCCUGCCUCAGUUUCUGAGAAUCUCAGGGUUUAUCUUAGAAUUCGACCUCUUGUGCCUCCCAAGACAUCCAAAGAUGUCGUUGAUCAAAAGAGAAAAAAAAUUGCUUGGCCUCAAAACCCUGUCGCCAAGAAGAAUGGCAUAAGAGAGAAAAAUACAAAGAAAAAGAGUUGUAAGAUUUGUAUAUCAGUCAAUGAUCCUCAAUCAGUGACGCUAUCCCCGCCUCCAGCCUUGCAGGACUCUAAAAGGAUCAAGUCUGUGGUUUAUGAAGGGUUUUCUCGUGUUUUUGCAGCCGAUUCUUCUCAGAAUGAAGUGUAUGAUAUUAUGGUGAAGCCGUUGGUGGAGGAUUUUCUUAAUGGUAGAAAUGGAAUGCUAGCUGCUUUGGGACCUAGUGGUUCAGGCAAAACUCAUACGGUGUUUGGGACUGCCAGGGAGCCUGGGAUGGUUCCACUUGCACUUCAACACAUCUUUAAACAGACCAAGGAGUGUGGCUCUAAGUUGUCAAGGUCAUUCUACAUAUCCAUUUUUGAAAUAUAUUCUGAAGGAGGGAAGGCAGAGAGAAUGCUUGAUUUAUCCCCAGGUGGAGCUGACUUGACCAUGCAACAGUCAACUGUUAAAGGUCUACAAGAGGUUGCCAUUGCUGAUCCUGCACAUGCAGAAUCGUUGAUAGCUUCUGCAAUGUUAAGACGUUCUACAGCCAUGACAAAUGCAAACAGCCAGUCAAGCCGGUCACAAUGCAUUAUAAACAUCCAUAGUCUUCUUAACAAGUGUGACAAGGAGCUAGAUGUUCAAUCAAAUAAUGCUGUCCUAACUAUUGUUGAUCUAGCUGGAGCUGAAAGAGAAAGGAGAACGGGGAAUCAGGGGUCAAGGUUGCUUGAAAGCAAUUUCAUCAACAAUACAUCGAUGGUUUUCGGUCUUUGCCUAAGAUCAUUAUUGGAGCAUCAAAAAAACCCCAAGAAGCCAUUGCAGAAGCACUUCCAGAAUUCUUUGUUGACUAGGUAUUUACGAGAUUAUUUGGAAGGAAAGAAGCGGAUAGCUUUGAUUUUAACAGUAAAACCAGGAGAAGAGGAUUAUCUUGAUACAGUCUACCUCUUGAGACAAUCAUCACCUUUUAUGAAAAUCAAGUUCAAUAACGUCGAUGAACAACCAAAUUCAGUUCAUCACAAGAGGCAUAUUCAAUCAUUGUAUGGAGUUGAAGAGCCAAAGAGAAAGAAAUACUGUGGCCUUGAUGCUAAUGAGAAAAAAGAAGGAAAAAGCACUGGAGAUGAACAUCUACUGUUGGAGGAAGGUUGUACCAGAGUCACAGACGGGCCUCGAAUCUCAAAAUUCAACUCUAUUGAUACCGCACCUGUAAAGUCGGUCUGUGGUGAUUGGGCAAUAAGGGAAAGAAAUCAUCAAAUUAUGCAAAAUUUUGCUAAAGCAUUAUGGAAUGUCUUGAAGGAAUACAAAGAGAAACUCACGGUGGCAGAAAAAGAAAAUGGGAAUCUCAAUGAGAACCUUAGAAGUGAAAAGUCAAGAUAUAUUGAGCUGGAAAAGAAGCUUGAAGAUUUCAAGUCCUGUUGUACUUGUUCCAAGGAAAAUUCAGUGGAGGCUCUUAAAGUAGAUACUGACAUUCAUGCCCCAGUACAUGUAGAGGGGAAUGAAUGUAGCAAUUUUGAUGAGGCACCCAAUGUCGUGGAAUCUAAGUGCGAUAAGUCUCCUAUCGUGUGCAGCUUGAAACCAGGACAGGAUCAAUAUUUAUUUCUUGACGUCCAUUCAAAAGUAGAAGCAAAGAGCCAUUCUCCCAACCUCAAGGCAUCUGAAUGCACUGGUACUCUCACACAUGAUCAGGAUGUUACUGGUCAGGUGGAUGAGAGUGUUCAUUCUCCUAACCUCAAGGAAUCUAAAUGCAGUAGCACUCCAACAUGGGAUCAGGAUAUUUCAACUCAGGCAGAAGUAAAGAGUUAUUCUCCUACCCUUAAGGCAUCUGAAUGCACAAGUAGUCAGCAUGAUCAGGAUGUUACAAGUCAGGUGGGUGAGAGUGUUCAUUCUCCUAACCACAAGGAAUCUAAAUGCGGUAGCACUCCAACACGGGAUCAGGAUAUUUCAACUCAGUCAGAAGUAAAGAGUCAUCAUUCUCCCAACCUCAAGGCAUUUGAAUGCACUGGUACUGCUACACGUGAUCAGGAUCUUACAAGUCAGGCGGGUGAGAAUGAUCCUUCUCCUAACCUCAAGGAAUCUAGAUGCAGUAGCACUCCGACAUGGGAUCAGGAUAUUUCAACUGAGGUGGAUAUGAAUAGUCAUUCUCCCCAACCUGAGGCAUCUAAAUGCGGUAGCACUCAAGAUCAGGAUGAGGAUUUUCUCACUAAGAAACCAUUGCAUGUGCCACUAUCAAAGGAAGAUGCUGCAUUCAUCAAACAGUGCAACCUUGAUGUGCCAGAUUGCGAAAUAAGAUCCAACACUUCAUGUAAAGCAUCGAAUUUGAAAAAACCUAAGAGGAGACUUCCGCCCGUAUCAUCCAUAUUACUGAGGGACAUCUCUGCUUUGGGAAUUGAGGAUGAGCCCCAGAAACCAAAAGGGAAUAGAGGUGGAAAGAAAUUGUCUGCUGGUGAAAGAACUCAGGGCAGCAUCUCUCUCAUACGUUUGCUUCAGAGCAAUCUUCGUCUCUAGCACUAACUCGUUUUCAAGUUUUACAUUUAUUUUUCAUAUUGCUUAGUAUAUAAAAAUCUUGAUUCUACACGGAACGAGAGAUCUUUUUUGGUCUU